UAAGCUCAUGGUUUUCCUCUUUAUUCCCACCUUUGCCCUGGUCGCCCUUUCUUUCUCCAGAUUCUCUCCCCCUCGCUAGUCUCUCUUGACUCCUCUUCCUCUCCCCCUCUCCCCUCGAUAAAACCCCCACCCCCUACUUUGAUCAGAUCCUAACAAACCGACCGGAGAUUAACCAUUCGCGAGUCAUCCAUGACGCUUGGCUCAGGAGGAUCCAGUGUCGUGGUCCCUCGGAACUUCAGAUUGUUGGAGGAGCUCGAACGUGGUGAGAAAGGUAUUGGAGAUGGCACUGUAAGCUAUGGAAUGGAUGAUGGAGAUGACAUCUACAUGCGCUCUUGGACUGGAACCGUUAUUGGUCCUCACAAUACCGUGCAUGAAGGUCGAAUUUAUCAAUUGAAGCUGUUUUGCGAUAAGGAUUACCCGGAGAAACCCCCGAGCGUCCGUUUUCAUUCACGGAUUAAUAUGACUUGUGUGAACCAUGAAACUGGAGUGGUGGAACCAAAGAAGUUUGGACUUCUUGCGAAUUGGCAGCGAGAGUACACCAUGGAGGAUAUACUCACUCAGCUGAAAAAGGAGAUGGCUGCACCGCACAGCAGGAAGCUUGUUCAGCCGCCAGAAGGCACCUACUUCUAGCUUUCAAGAUGGUAUAGAUAUCACGGAUCAUAUUGCAUAUGCGGUGUGCAAAAACAUAUAGUUUUUAAUGCUGUGUCGUUCCUGUUGAAGUGAAGAACAUACAGGGGAAUGCCCUAGAAAGCUUCUCCUAUAGUCUGCAGGGCUUCAUUGUUGUUUCUGUCAUCUUAUUUUGUUUAACUAUGUUGAAAGAUGCUGUUUGAUGAAUGGUAUUUUAUAUGUUUUUCAAACAUUGAAA